AUGAAGACAUUCAUCAUAUUCGCUCUGCUCGCUCUCUACACAAUUGCCGCUACAGCCAACUCUCAGGUAGCACUUCCCGGUGGAUGGCGCAUCGGUCAAGCCAAUCUAAUGGACGAUACGUUGACCAAACGAGCCGUCGGUGCUCAAAUAACGUACUACGAAGGCCCAGAUCUUAAGAACUCUGCAUGCUACGGUCGCAAUGGUUUAAGGGUCUAUAAUGCGAAACCAAGUGACUUUAUUGGGGCUAUGUGGAUGAACAAGUUCGAAAUGUGCUACCAGUGCAUCGAAAUUAAGAACGGCAAGGUUAAGACGAUUGUUGUAAAAAUCAUCGAUAAAUGCGCUGGAUGUCCAAAAGGUCAUAAGAAUGUUGAUCUUACGAAAGGAGCAUUCUCGAAAUUGGCAAAUCCUAUUGACGGUCGAGUUGCAAUUAUGUGGAGACCUCUUCCCAACUGCCCCACUAAGGGCGCAUGGCCUACGUUUGAGGGUUCGAAGAGAAAAAUCAGACGAAGCAAAUUUGAGUAA